AUGAACAAUACCGACGAUAACGAAGUCCUUAGCGACGUUAGCUUAGAUGAAGACGACGAGGAGUUGAUUUGGCGCGUGUUUUAUUCAUCAAAUGAGGACAAAGCAAAUGAAGAAGCCGAACUAGAUCCCAAUGAUGAAGAAGUUUCAGACCUCAGCGACAUAGAGGACGAGCAAUUAGUACAGAAAUACAAGCAGCUCAAGGAGCAAGAAACAGCUUCUCUUUCAGAAGAUGAUAAGAAAAAGCUUCUCAUAACAUCGUUCACCGAAGAUCAAAUGGACAAGUUCGAGGCUUACAGAAGAAUGGCGGUUAAUAAGCCAGGGGUGAAAAAGAUCUGCGGAGGAGUGGUGAAUCAAUCGAUACCUCAAAAUAUGGCAAUUGUUUUGGCUGGUUUAUCAAAGCUGUUUCUAGGAGACAUUGUAACGAAAGCGUUUGAAAUACAAGAAAGAGAAUACAAAGCUCAACUCAUACUCGAUAUUGAUGCCAAGAAGAGGCGAAAAAAGGAGGCUCUCAAGAGAAUGGAAUUGGGCCAAGAUGUUUCCAAUGAUCCACCUGAAAGGAAAUUAGAAUACAUGGGUGAUAUUAAGGGACCUCUUCAGCCUGAACAUGUGAGAGAAGCAUGGAGACUAUAUAAGCUUGAGAAUAGCGGUGCAUACCUGUCACAGUGGAGGACACAGGGAGAAAGAGAUGGGAAGCUAUUCAGAUAA